UACUAGUCAGCAAGGCGGGGCUAGAGUGGGCUGGACGUGAGGGACUUGAAGGGGCAGGGUUCGAAGUCCGGAACGUUUAAAUCGUUGAAGGAGAGGUCACCAAGGCCCGACUCUCAAGAGGAAGUCCUCUGCUGAACUCAGACAUUAAAAUCCUAACCACCAGAGCUAAUGUGGAUCAUAAACCACCAAAUGAAUGGGAGCGUAUGUGGUCUUGGCAAGUACAGAAACAUAUAGCUUACUUAUGAGGAUAAUUCACUAAAACAUCAAGCUAUGAAGAAAAACUCCAAGAGGAACCACAGUUCAAGGGUUUCUGACCUAGAAUUGAACUCUGCGGAUGCUGAGAAGGAAAAGAAAGAGCGUCAGAAUAACUUUGUUGAACUGCUGCCUCCAGAAGUUACUUUUAAAAUUUUCAGUCAGCUGGACAUCUGGAGUUUGUGCAGGGCUUCAGUGACGUGCAGGAGCUGGAAUCACACAAUAAGACACAGCGAUGCCUUGUGGAAACCUCAUUGCCUGACUGUGAGAGCUGUAUGCCAAAGAGAGAUAGAUGAUGAUCUAGAGAGUGGUUAUCCCUGGAGGGUAAUACUACUGAGGAAUUACCAGAAGAGUAAAGUGAAACAUGAAUGGCUAAGUGGCAGAUAUAGCAACAUAUGUUCUCCUAUCAGCCUACCAGAAAAAAUCAUGUACCCAAUGGAUGCAGACACAUGGGGGGAAAUUCUAGAAGCAGAACUGGAAAGAUAAGCAGAAGAAUCACACACAGAUCUCCUAACUUUGAGAGUUUAAAACUAAAGUGACUCUUAGUUUAUAAAAGGUAUAUCUUUAGCCGUCCAUUUUUUUGUUUGCCUUUUUACUAUUUAACAUUUAAAAGAAAACUAAGUAGAACAUAUUAUAAAAAUAUAGCUUUGAUUUUAUUUUUCACUUUAGUUAAAAAUACGUUUCUGGUUUUAUUGUAAUGUGGAAAAAUCAUGAAAUGCUAUUUAUGUAAAAAAACUAUACUGAUAGAGUGAUUUCAAAAUGUAUUGUUUCAUGUAUUUGUGUUACUCUGUUGCAGUACUUUAAUGAUAAGAGAGUUUGAUUGGUAUUUUCUGCUUAAUGAUAAUUUGAAAAUUCAGGAAACCAUUUGAAGAAACUGACUUAGAGAUUUUUUUUUUUUUUUUUUUGCGGUACGUGGGCCUCUCACUGUUGUGGCCUCUCCCGUUGCGGAGCACAGGCUCCGGACGCACAGGCUCAGCGGCCAUGGCUCACGGGCCCAGCCACUCCGCGGCAUGUGGGAUCUUCCUGGACCGGGGCGCGAACCCGUGUCCUCUGCAAGGGCAGGUGGACUCUCAACCACUGUGCCACCAGGGAAGCCCUAGAGAUUUAUUAAUUAGUAGACAUAACUAGACUCAUGGGGAGACUCCCUAAAUGAAAUUAAUAGCAAUAUGUUUAAAUGUAUAAUAAAUUUGUAUUUCAAUAACUUUAAAAUUUCCAUUUCAGUGGAAUCAGAUUGAAUCGUCUAACACUGAAACCCUUUUGUGUUAAACUUGUGGUUUAAUUUAAAAUGAAUCUGACCAGAGGGCUAAAACUUGUGAGAUUAAGAUUCCCGUUACUUGCCUACAAACCUAGAAUUGCUCUCAGGGACUGAAAAUAUAUGGAAAGUUUUCAGCACACAAAACGGCCAUCAGAACCUCCACACUAUUUUUCCUGGUGAAACUUACCUUCUUUUUGACAGCCUUAUAGCACCAUCUAGUGUACUCCUUGUAGAUAACCAAGACAAAGGACCGGCUCCUUUCUGUUUUCUGCACACUGAAGAGAAAGAAAAAUAUCAUUUUCGAGAAACCUGUAUACUUUGUUGAAGUUUAGAGCUUUAUAGGAGUCUUUAACUUUUAUUCUCUUUUUCUUAAAAGUAGAUGAUAUAAUAUUCACUAUUCCAGAUUCUUCAUUCUGAAUCUGUGAUCAGCACCAUAGGUAAAGUGUCUACAAAACCUUUAGUUAGCAUGGGAUUUUCUUCUUAAAUGGUGCUCUAUAGCAUGAGAAAAUGAGUCCAGGAAAUCGGUAUUCCACGAAUAGGCAAAUAUCAGGAAGGUGCCCCACUCUAUACAAAUUCCCUUUGUUGGAUCAAGUAGAUGAUGAUUGAUUGUCUCCUACUGUCUUCUUGGGGUUGGAAGGGGCCUUGAAGAUCAGGCAGUCCAGUCCCUAGGACUAUUCAGUCAUCCCUGCUAUAGGAAUGUUCUUCUUCUCACCCACCAUUACUUCUUUUCUUGGCAAAUUCUUUUGUAAAAUAUGUCAUCCCGACCUGGAAACCAUCUCAAACUUCUACCAUUCUGGAUUAAGUGACCCUCUUAAGGUUCCCCUAGUUCUUUGCACAUACUGUUCUCAAAGCUGCAUACUACAUUAAAUUGUCUGUUUUAUCUGUCUAUCUCCCCUUUUAGGCUGUGAGCU